UGAUAAUAAAGCGGAAUAAUAAAGUAAAGGCAGACAGUUAUACGCGAGAGUCGCGCUGACUCUCAUCAAAGUUUAAAAUUCGUUAAAUAAAGUGACAUGUAUACAACGUACAACAGGUUUAGAAAUUAUACUGUAAUUUGUUAGUUUUGUAAUAGAGCUUUAUACAAGAUGAGUAAGAUUUAUAUUUUAAUUGUGUUGCUGCCGCACCUAGUUUAUACCAUAGUACGUGGUACAACUGGGAUAUCCCAAGAACGCAAUACUAAUAGCAAUAAUAAUAUUAACAAUUGCGAUUGCGGUAUCACUGGCUACUAUACCGAAAGCACAAAUAAUCUGAUUCCCAACGGUGAACACGCAUUACCAGGCCAGUGGCCGUGGGUGGCUGCACUCUUAACUCAUGAAUUAAUGGGUGAAUACGGAUUCCUGUGUCCUGGUUCCAUUUUGACAAACAGACAUAUUCUAACAGCGGCAAAAUGUUUACAAUUGAGCAAAAGUAAAAACGAUAUCGCGAACCCCUACAAAUUGGAGGUGGCUUUAGGACAAUUUGAACUCCGCCAACCCGGUAGCACAGUAGUGGGAAACGUGACUCGGAAGGUCGCAAGCUAUAAGAUCCACCCCGAUUUCAAUAUAGACGCGAGUGAUUCCGAUCUGGCGAUUUUGAUUCUCGAGACGCCAGUCGAGUUCAGCCCUUUCAUCAAACCUAUUUGCCUGUGGUCCGGUUCAACCAAUCUUGAAAAUGUCGUUGGUAGAACAGGAUAUGUCGUGGGAUGGCUCAUAAACGAGCCGAAUAGUCCUAUACUAGUCUCCGAACCACGGAUGCUGAGGAUACCAAUAGUGAAUCAGGAGACCUGUCUUCGGAGUAAUCAAAGUUUCCACAAUCUCACCUCGGAGCGCACCUUUUGCGCCGGUUUGCUAAGCGAGAUCGGUCCUUGCUUCGGUGACUACGGGAGCGGGCUGGUGCUUUUCGAUAAUUCCACAGGCCGUUAUCACUUGCGCGGCGUCCUGUCGUUCUUUGUGCAAAAAUAUACAUCUGAUCUCAGCGACUGCGAUUUCAGUAAGUACGUCAUCUACGUUGACGUGGCUAAGUACUUACAGUGGAUUCAACAACAGAUUUCCAUCAUGCAACACUAGCCUCUUGCCGCAAAAUGCGAACUGUACUUGAUAAGUUUGAGAAAUACACAAAGAUAUUUUCCUCUGAGAAUUUACCCCGAAAAUCAUUACAGUUGUAAGACAACAUAUAUUCCGAAGAAUUUUAUGCGAGCU